CGUAACUAUUGUUUCCAAACUGCGUCACCCACUCCAGUCAGCAGAUGGCGAUGAGCGUCUUUCCGGUGAUGCUACUUGCGUGACGUAUAAUGGACUGGACGGACGCUUCUUCAGGAACAGCUUCUCUUCUCUUUCAACCACCUCGGUAGCUUGCUAGCCAACAUAAAACUGAAACAUUGACGCUUUAGACCAUGUUAAUGUACAUUAGCUAAUCUCAGUGUUGUACACACAGUUCAGUUGACGUGUCAACUGGUUAACUUUAACCUAAUUUGCUUGUUUAAUUUGCAAACGUGUUAAAGAUUGAUACUGAGGUUAGCACUAGGCUAGUCGCUAAUGCUAACUAGCUAACAUCCCUGAUCAUGAGUUCACUAAACUACUCCUCCCUUGCUAAAGAAGAGGAGGUCUGCUGUAUGGAGAAUGAAGCUCUGGGACUGAACAUUGUCGUGGAAGAUGAAGAUGAUGUUAUUGAGGAAACAGAGGAAGAACCUUUUAGAGAGGAAGAGGAUGCUGUCUCAAUAAAGGUGAAGGAGGAAGACGUCUUGGGAGUGAAAGAGGGGGAGACAGAAUAUCAGAUUAACACCAGCCCUGUUCACACAGGAGAGAUACAUGACUAUGGUGGAUCCUCUGGGAAGAAGCCUCAACAACAUCCUGAUGCUGACGAGUCCGAGAAGAGUCUCUCCGGAUCAGAACACCAGAUGGACAACGCUAGGCCUUCCUCCCACCCAGAGUCCCCGUGUCAUGCCUCUCCCGGUAGCACCUUACUACUGGGUAUGAAGAAGUUGUCUGUGCUGCUGGUGGACUGCAGGAAAACAACAGGGCUGAGUGGAACUGUGAGAGGAGGAGAAGAGAUGAAAGGAUCAGAUUUGACACAUCAAAGUGGAGGAAGGAAGGAAGCAGCAGCACUAGAGCUUCAGGUGAUCCUGCUGAACUGGAGAUGGUGGUCAGAGUCAGACUCAGAGCAGGAACCUUCCGGUACAACUUAAGAGCACAAACCUAAACAUCUAGGCUUUUUUGGGGGAUUUUAGAUUAAUAUGUGCUUUAUGAGAUUAUCAGUAGGACUGUAAUCUGGGGGCAUACAAUCGAUGACUUGCACAAGUAAUACACGUUUAAGUGUAGGUUAUUUACAAUGUUAAUCUCAUUCUGCAGAGCAACCAGAUGUGCAGAGAGAGAGAGAGAGAGGUUCAGAGCAACCAGAUGUGCA